UUGUUUUCUGGACUCUGAGUAGAUCCUCCAAGUUUGAUCCCAUUCAAGAAUGAGCUUCAUCUCUUGGUCUUCCGUCUGAGCGGGUUCCUCAGAAGCAACGAGUGAUGCGUAGCAUCUUGCGCCCAUGGAGAAGUGAGUAGAAGGUCUGAUCUUUGGAAGACUGCUAUGGGCUGAUUUGGACAGGGCCAAGGUCUGUAUGGAUCCUUUUCCACGGAGCGUCCAUUCCAAUUGCCCAGCAGUCGAAGUUCUACUAGACAGCUACAACUCUUUACUGAUGGCACCAUCUCCAUUGACUCAAUACAAUCUCCUCUUUGGAAUGAAGACACCAUGCUACUAAUCGGACAGGUGGAAUCAUUGGCUAUUAGUUUGAACUAUCCAUACUUCUUUGAAGAUCUUCUCUGGGAUACUCCUGGCCAUGGUUGGAAAAACAGGGGAGCCCCGUGUCCCGGCCACCUUGCAGAAAUCCCGCCUGAAGACCGAGGAGAAGAUCCUGGAUCUUGACUUCCAGCUGGAGAGCGUGCAAUUUAACGAACUAGGGAGGUACACCCUGCGGUUGACUGCAGAAAAUCCUCUGGUGGAGGGCUCUGAAGCUGGGGUGCAGCUGCGGGUGAAUGAAGGAGAAGUGCUUCAUACAAACACGGCCACCACCAACGUGGUAGAGCAGGCCAACCUCAGCGAAGUCUACAUGUUUGAGAAGCGGAGGUUUCUCUUCAUCCUGCCCAAAGGUUUCUGCAAAAACGAUAAAAACCACGAUGCUCGGCUGCGGAUUGAAGCUUUACGGCAGCGUGGGACCUUCCUGAAGACCACCGUGAAGACAGGAGAGGCGUUCUUCGCUAUUUACCCCCGCACUAACCAGCCUAGAAUAAACCUCUUUGCUAGCAAAGAUGAAGAUUUAUACCGUUAUAGUGAUAUUAUGGUGCUUCUCCGGGCUGGGGGCAACGACUUGGCCAUGCAUUGUGGGAGGUUGGCUUACACGGUAUCGUUCCACGAGCAUCGACCCAACGCCAAAAGAGAGAUACCCAUCACGCCACGCCAUCUUUCUCCUUUGGUCCCCCGCAAGGAAGAGAAGCUGCAGGUGGAGGUGGGAGGCUCUUACCUGGCACCUUUACAGUUGUUGGAAGUCCAGCCAGAGAGGACUCCAGGCAGUGCACUUGAACGCCGACCAUCUCAGGUGUCACUGACUGCAGAAUCCCAUGUUCGUGGGCACUCGCCGUACGGCCCGCCAGAGUCCCAAAAAGAAGUCCCCGAUGAAGACAUCCAAGGAUUUUUAGAAGAACGAUCCAUCUUAGUGGCUUCUUCUUCCUCCAGCUCCUCCUCCUCUUCGCUCGCACCAGCUUUGCCAAGGACGUUGCCAAGCCAUGCCAGUCUCCACCUGCCUUCUCCAGGAGAUAGCCCAAAGCUGGCCUCUUUCUUUGGAUUGCUGGUGAAAGAAGAUCCAGCUGGACCAGGACAAGCCGCGUUGACGUCCCACACAAAUGAUUGGCACCUGGCCAAUCCCGAAAAGGAAUCCAUCACCUUUGUGCUCCACAGUGCCUCCAACCUGCCCUCAACUCGCAAGGGAAAUGUCCCCCACCCGUAUGUCAUUGUCAAAACCACUUCAGAAGAAGACAGCAAACAGCCUGCUCAGGCAGUGACCCAUGUCUCUGCACAACCCACGUACGCUCCAACCUGGGAGGAAAGAGUAACAGUGGAAAUUGACUCCAUCAAGGCAGGAGAAGAAGAUGUGUCUCUCACUGUAGCUGACAAGGACUCCAAAGAAAUUCUCGCAAAAUAUAACAUCCCUGUGAAAUACCUCCGUCCUUUCCAUCAUUAUCACUGUGCCUUGGUGCUGCCUCGGAAGAAGGACCAAACAGGAACCAAAUUAUAUGCGUCCAUCAUUCGUAAACGUAGCCUCAUCCCACGCUAUGCUGGAGUGAACUACACAGGGCUGGAGGUCUUCCUCAAGGGGAUCAAUGAACCUCUUGCGCAGCCUGGUGGCAAAGUCAAAGCCGUUGCUAGAAUAGUGAACAACCUUGGAGCCUACAUACAGGAGAUGAAAGCUCGGCUACCUGACGCUCCUGCAGUUCCCUUGACCGUGGUGAAUUUCCCAGAUCCAGUAAUGGAGGAUUUUGAUGUCCCUCGGGUAAACAACCACGGAUAUCCACAGGUGUCUUCACUCGGUGGACCUCCUGAACAACCCAUGUGGAAUACUUCCUUCCUGUUUCAAGGAAGAGAUGGUGCUACCGCUUUUUCGGAUGAUACGGCCUUGUUAAUUGAAUACUAUAAAUCGACGCCAGGAGACGAUCUGGAAGGCACACCAAUGUUUUUAGGCUACUCCGUGCUGCCGCUGACCAACCGAGUUUACCGAAAGCUUGCGGCAGACAGCAGCCGAAGUGGAAUUAGGGUAGAAAAUCUACCCAUUCAGGAUACCACUAUGAAAACUACGUCCGGUGGACUUCCAACUGUCCAACUUGGCCUUCAGUUGAUCAAUUCAGAGAGGCCAGACAUCUUUCUGACUUCCUCAACCACAACUGGACUUCCCGUCCUGGAUCCAGAGUUGGUGGGAGAGCUCGGGACUAUCAAGGAACCCUGGACAAGACCAACUUCCAAAACUGAACAGAAGACCGCUACUCCUUCGGCUAGAGAUAGCGAUUCCUACAUUGAACCUGAUCGUGUCUCUUCCUACUUUGACCUUACAGAUAUCCAAAGCAAUCGGUUUCCGUUACCUGAUGCUGUAGCCAAGAUCCUGCCUGGGAAAGACAGCAGCAGGCCGGUCAUUGAAGAGAUCCAAGAUAUGGAAAUAGAUAAUUACCGUGCAGCCCUGAAAAAAAUGGCGGAUGACAUCCUAUCCUUGCGCCAACAUAUUUCCACGCUGGAGAGGGAAAACAGUGCCUUGAGACGCAACCUUGCCUUGCAUGAAGACAUUGGCCGGGCUCUUCUCCAGGACAUUGAUCUGGAUGUCAUGACCAAGGCAGAAAUAGUCGACAGAAUAUUGGUACUCAAGAAAAAAUUAACUUCUGGGGCUCGGGAGAUGGCCCGGAUGAAGGAUCGGAUACAAAGACUGCAAAACGAACUGAUUCGGAAAAAUGACCGAGAAAAAGACCUGGUGAUGUUACAGAGAGCCCACCAACAACAGCAGAUGGUGCUUAGAAAAUAUCAAGCCAAGAUCUCCAAGAUGCAAAAUCUUGAAGAUGCGGUCAGGCAGCAGGAAAAGGUAAUCGAGAGAAUGGAGAGGAUGCUGGAAGGGAAGAUGAAGGAACGGAUCAAAGAAGCCUCAUUUGGAGAGUUAUCCAAAACGGCUGGUGACAACUGGUCCAAAGAUGUCUACUCCACCCUAUUGAUGGAGAACAUGAGAUUACGGGAUGAACUGGGGAAAUCAUCUUUUCGUUCACCCAUCAUAUUGCAGCAACAGGCCUUACCAGAUACAUUUUCAAACAGCACAGAAAAGCUCUCCUUGGUUUCAAAGCUGGAGAAGGCUGAGGCCCGCAUCCUUGCCUUGGAACACCAGCUGGAAGACUCUGCCAAAACCUGGGGGCGAGAGAAGCAGGACUACAACACUCGUCUCCUUGAAAAUGACCUCGGAUUUAACCGAUCACCCUCCUCGUUCAUACUUCAUGAUAUUUAUCCGAACGAGAAGGAAAGGAGAGACAAUGAAGAGAAGUACAAAAACUCAGGGAAGGUCAUACAAAAGUAGCCAGUUCUGGGGCCGAAUCUCCUUAUAGAAACCCGCAUUGAUCCAACACAACUCAAGAGUCAUUGGAGUCCACAGCCUUCAACUUAAGUCUGGGAGGAGACCUUGGAAUUCUACCCGGUGCAGCAGAACAAAAUAUCUAUUGCGAAAUAUAUACAGUUAUAUACCUCUUUCCUGGAGAGACGAGCUGAAUACAGACUUCUCUGUAAACUA